AUGGAUCAAUUGAAUCAUCCAACAGAUGUGAUUGUAGAUCAACAAAAUCAUUCGAUUAUCAUUGCUGAUAAUGGGAACAGACGAGUGAUUCAAUGGUUGAAUCAGAAUCAACAAAUUCUCAUCGAUAAUAUUGACUGUUAUGGUUUGGCAAUGGAUAAACACGGAUUUCUUUAUGUUUCUGAUAUUAUGAAAGAUGAAGUGAGACGAUGGAGAAUGGGUGAAUACAAUGAAGGAAUUAUAGCGGCAGGUGGAAAUGGUGAAGGAGAUCUACUUAAUCAACUUAGUCAUCCUACUUAUAUCUUUGUUGAUGAAGAUCAAACUGUUUAUGUAUCAGAUUGGGAAAAUAAACGUAUAAUGAAAUGGAGAAAAGAUGCAAAAGAAGGAAGAAUUGUGGCUGGAGGAAAUAGUAAAGGGGGAAAUCUUAAUCAAUUGUCUGGUCCUGAAGGAAUAUAUGUUAAUGAUUUGGGUCAAAUAUAUGUGGCAGAUGCUGAAAAUCAUCGAGUGGUGCGUUGGUGUGAAGGGAAAAGAAGACGGUGAAAUUGCUGUUGGUGGAAAUGGCGAAGAAAAUCCAUUGAAUGGUCCUGUGGGCUUAGUUUUGGAUGACGAAGGAAAUCUUUAUGUUACUAAUCAUUGGAAUCAUCGAAUUCAGAAGUUUGAAAUAAUUUUUUGCAUGGAAUUUUAAUUUUGAAAAAAAGAAAAAAAUUUUAUUAAAUAAAUAAUCUAGAAAUGAAAGAAAAAGUGAAGUUUUAUUAUUGACAAUCCAUCAACAAAAUCGAAUAAAUUAUUGAUAAGAAAAUAACAAAGAAAAAUCGUUUUGGUAUAUCCUAUCAACCUUGAAUUUAAUUGGGAAUAUUCAUUGAAAAAUUGGAGUAAAUAAAUGGUAAAUUCUUCAUCUUUUGUUAAUUUUUGUGGCAUUUUACAGAAAAAAAAGCAAAAAAGAGAAUAUUUUGUGAUUUGCAUUGAAUUGAAAUGAAAAUUAUUUGUAAAGAAGAUUUUGUGUUUUAGAAAAUUCUAUCUAUAUAUUUUUAUUUGAUGGAAAUAAUGAAAUUGCCUAAAGUUGAUAAUAAAAAUUGGAUUGCAGUGUCUUUUACUGA